AUCAGCUGCUUUGUAAAUACUCAUCCCCAACGGAACCAAGCCAAUAGCCCCCAAAUUAAGGUUAUUUCGUAAUAUUUAGAAGAAAAAAUACCAAAAUUCAAUUAAAAUGGCCCAAAGUAGAUUAGAAAAAAUUGGAACAAUUUUCACCAGAGUUUCUGGUUUACUUCGUUCGGGGGCCAUGAAACCCGAAGACAAGCCACUAUGGUAUGAAGUAUAUGCUGCAUUCCCACCAAAAUUGGAACCACGAUUCGACAGACCUGCACCCCAGAUACCAAUUAGGAAUAUUUUCUACGAGGAAGAUCAAGUUCGCGCUAAAUUCCACAAGUCACAAAAACAAACUGAAAUGGUCAGCUUGUUCGAUAGGCAGCGUAAAACACAAACACAACAAUUCAUUCAAAUUUAUCAAGGCUUGAAAUCUCAGGGUGCUUUGGAUGAAGAAAAAAUUUUCGAAACCUCUUUGGAUUUGUUGCAAGAACAACGGGCACAAAUGAAACUGGAUGCCCAACAAAUCAGUACAACAGACUCUGAUGAAGGCAGCACUCAAAGCUUAAGCGAAGCAUUUAGUGAAGCCAAAGACUCCAGUGAUUCUAAGGCCACAGCUACAAGUGCAACAACAAGCCCAAGUCCCACGAAAGGAGAUUCCAAAAGCAAAAUUGGAGGCAUUAAUAUUGAAAAUCUGUUUAAGGACUAAAACACAAACGGUAUUUUGUUAAAUGUCUAUAUUAUUACGAAAAAUAAAAUAUAAUUGUUAAAA